ACUUAGAUGUCUGUGCGUAUAAUCACAUCACCACUUUUUCGAAGAACAGAAAAUUGAAUCGAAUAGUUGUUGUUGGAAUAUGAUUGGAAUAUACAAAUAACUAAUGACACCGAGAAAGCACUUAGUAAUCGUUCAUGUCAUUGAUUGAUUGUACUAAGUAAUAGUCAUCGCAUUCUGGGUGUGGAAGUAAUCAAUGUAUGUAAGUAGAGAUAUACGUGCAAAAAAAUUUUAUCGUUUUUGAAAACACUUGAGCUGCAAAAGAAUGGCUUCCAAUCUUGAAGAACAAUUAGCUUCGUUGAAGCUGAGAAAUGACUCUGGUUUAUAUUCCAAUAAGAACAAUAUGAAUUCGGUAUUACCCAAACAGAAACAAUUUCAGCAGCCUGUUAUCCCUAAAAGUUGUGCUGUAAAUGGCCAAUGCGAACCGUGUUAUACGAGUCCAUUACAGAAUGCUAAACGAGCGCCUAACAUUCCAAUAUAUUCUAAUUUAGUUACUCCUCAACCUGAAAUGGGUAUCAAGUCCCAUUUAAAAAGCUCAAAACCUGACGAGAUAACGUACAGCAAUAUACAACUCAUGAAUAAGAAACCAUCGCCGCAUAUCUACAGUAAUAUCAACACGUAUAGCAAUUUACCUCCUUAUCCGCAUCUAGAACAUCCCGAUUUAUUGGAUGAUCUACCUCCACCUCCUCCAGAACCGUUGGAUUACGGGCAUUGUAAUUCUACAGCAUUUCCUCCUCCUCCGGAUGAUUUACCUCCUCCACCAUCUCCAGUCAGUUCUAGUUACUCGGAACUGCGACGAGCUACUCAAUUUCAGUCGCCAAAUUACCAACAAGAUUACAGCAAUUAUGGACCGUCUUCUAGAAGUUCUUCAACUUAUGAAUCCAUCUACGAACCAAUUAAUCCUCGUCCUCCUAGCGAGUUGUCAUCGCGGUCGAAUUAUUCGUUAUAUGGCAGCGCGAGUAAUACUCAGAGACGAUCUGCUAGUCGAAAUCACGAAGCUGAAGUAGAUGCUCUGACUGAUCUUUUAGUUCAUUCCAUGGAUUCUUCUCUUCCCGAUUCUGAUACUUUUGGCGAAUGCUGUAAAUGUGGUCAACGAGUUGUUGGUGAAGGAUCUGGAUGUACAGCGAUGAACGAAGUAUAUCAUAUUUCCUGUUUUACCUGUUGCCAUUGUGACAGUCCUUUACAAGGAAAACCGUUCUAUAGUUUGGAUGGUAAACCGUACUGUGAACAAGGAUACUUGGAAACGUUGGAAAAAUGCUCGGUUUGUCAAAAACCCAUUUUGGAAAGGAUUUUAAGGGCUACUGGUCGUCCUUAUCAUCCUCAUUGUUUCACUUGCGUGGUCUGUGGUAAAAGUCUGGAUGGUAUUACUUUCACCGUUGACGCAGCCAACCAAAUUCAUUGUAUCGAGGACUUCCAUAAGAAAUUUGCUCCUCGUUGUUGCGUGUGUAAACAACCUAUUAUGCCUGAGCCAGGUGAAGAAGAAACCGUACGAGUCGUUGCCCUUGAUCGAAGCUUCCAUAUUAAUUGUUACAAAUGCGAAGAUUGUGGUUUAGUUCUAUCUUCGGAAGCGGAAGGUCGAGGAUGUUAUCCACUGGACGAUCACGUUUUAUGUAAGAGUUGUAACGCUAAACGUGUUCAGGCGCUUACUUCGGUGAUUACUACAGAAUUGUGAAAUUUUUAGCCAAAUCAAAAAUACGAUUAACAUUCCAUGAUUUUUUAUUUCGCUUUUUACUUUUUUAAUUUUAUAUUCCAAUGUAACGAACAAAUUUUAAUAUUUAUUUAUGUCUUAAACGAGCUAUAUUUUGCUCCGGAUGCAAUGGAAAGUAUAGUAUUGAUAUAGUGAGAAAUUGUAGGUAUAAGCUUUUGCUUGAACGUCCAUUAUUGUUAUAAGUGAUGUGAACAUUAUAUUAUUAUUUGUUUUAAUACGAAUUAAAUUAUUGCUUUUAACGCUUUA